AUGGAAUUUUUGAAAGAUUCUUCAAAGAACCCCCAAAUAAAUUUAUCCCAUAAGAAUAACACAUUACCUAGACUUGUUAGAACUGGUAGAAAUUUCUAUCUUUCGCCUGAAUAUUCUAAGAUUUUUGAACAGCAUAAUGUAAAAUAUCAAUACCCUUUACCACUAAAGCAAAAUUUAUUUGCGCUUAAUUAUUAUUUACAACAAAAUGAAAGUGGUUUUAGUCAAAACUUUCCUGCAGCUAAUUAUUUUGGAGUUGAAAGAGGAUCUGGAGCAUUACAAAGAUACAAAAUAUAUCAAGAGGAGAAUGGUGCUAAUUUUAAACAAACUCCUGAUACAGAAGUUAACCAUUAA